AUGGCUGGCAAGGGAAUUGGGUGUCUGGCUGAGGCUAUGGGUGCCCUGCGGGUGUCUGCCAAGAUAAAGCCGGCGACACUCAACAAGGCCUUCACAAGGUCAAUGGCUACAGAAGUCUCUCCAAAGAACACGGCAGAGACUAAAUCUCCGAACACCACCCAAUCCAUUCUCGAAUCAUGGAAGCCUAUCACAACCGUUCCCGUCACAGUCCACGCCUUUCCCUCGUUGGAACCGACUUCUCUCGAACGAUGGGACGUCAACCAUCUCUAUCUUCCUCUCCGCCGCGAUCUCCUCCACCUCGCCGUCGUCUACGAAGGUGACAACACCCGCCAAGGAACCGCCUCCUCCAAAACCCGUUACGAUGUCCACGGCUCCCACCGAAAGAUGCGUCCUCAAAAGGGAACUGGCCGAGCUCGUAUGGGAACCAAGCAAAGUCCCGUGAACCGCGGUGGUGGAAAGACGUUUGGUCCUCACCCCCGCGACUUUGGCACCAGCCUUACCCGAAAGGUGUACGACAAGGCAUGGCGCACAGCUCUGAGCUACCGUUACCGGAAAGGCGAUCUGAUUGUGUGUGAGGACGGUAUGGAUCUUGUGUUGCCUACUGAUUACGAGCUCGUUGCUGGAAAGUAUCUCAAGGAUGGAUUGAAAGAGGCGUAUCUCAAGCGAUACAUGACUGGACUGCUGGGUAACCUUGGUCUGGGCCGUGCUAGCGGUCGAACUCUUUUCGUCACUGGAAAUCGACGUGAAGCUCUUUUCGGCGCCAUGGAGCAGCUUCCUUGGGAGGGUCGAGCACUAGACUUGCAAGAUGUUGAUGUCAAGGAUCUAUUGGAGACAGGCAAGGUGGUUUUGGAGCGAAGCGUGCUCAAGGAGAUGAUCAAGAAGCAUCAGAGCGACUUGGUGAGCAGAGUUGUUAUGCAAGGCCUAGUCAAGGGAGGGCCCAAGUUAGGGACACCAGUGAUUAGAGCAUGA